AUGGCAGGCGCACAGACGCAGGUGGAAACGGCGCGCAGCGCGGCGACGGGCGCUGCAGAGGGCGAGAUGUCGUUCGAGGAGUACAACGUGGGGUCCAUGGCGUCCAAGUUUAUCGCGCUGGAGGUGUCGGACCACGAGGAUGACUACAAUUCGUCGCUGGACUCUGCGGCGGAGGACGAGGGCGAGGGCCUGGACGCUGCGGGAGCACGCGGCGGGUCCGCGGAGCCUGCGGCGGAGGCGCUGCAGCAGGCGGUGGUGGUGAGCCGGCCGGAGGCGACGGCGCCGGAGCCGCGCGCAAGGGGGGAGGAGAAGAAGAAGUGGUCGUUCAUCUCGAACAGCAGCUCGAGCAAGAAGCGCUGGUCAACGCUUUCUUUCAACACGGAGUCGUACGGGAAGAGCGCGAAGCGGGUCUCUGUUAGCUCCAGCUCAAGUGUCCAGUCCGGGGGCAAGCCCUCGGCGAUGGGUGUCAAGCGCUCGUCGACGGGGGCGUCGAUCCGGUCGCUGCUGAACAAGAUCUCGCUGAACGACAGCGGCAGCAGCAGCACGCGUGCGCUCGGCGCCCACACGAACACGGCGGCCAGCAGCCGGGCCUACAAUACGCCCUCGACGAUUGUGCACGCGAGCCCCAACGACAUGAUCAGUAACCGGAGCAGACAGGCCUCCGUCAGCAGCGCGUCGACCUACCGCACGCCACUGCAGCCGCUGUCGUCGAACUUCAACAACAGGCAGCUCCGGGGCCCGGGCUACUCCCCCUCCAUGGAUAACGUAAGUAUCUGCUCACAGACCAGCAUGUCAUCUACGCACUCGAGGUGGAAGUUCUGGAAGAAGCCUGUGGAGGAGCCCGUUCGAUGGAACCAGACUCCACCUUCUUCGGUGUCCUCGUGCACAAGCGCGCGGUCGAAGUCAUCCUUUGCCGAUCUGCGCAAGACACUGUUUUCUGGUGGCGCCCUUUCGGUAUCAGCGCAGGAGCUGUAUAGGGGAUCCAGCAGCACCCUGAAACACAGGCUGUCGCAGACUUCGCUGAAGCCCAUGUCUUCGCAGAGCUCUCUACAGACCAAGACUUCCCACACUUCUCUGAAGAAGUUUAGGGGCGGGGCAAAUCCCGAGGAAUCACCGCAGAUCUCGCUGCCGAUCCCAGACCAGGCGUCUCGCGACAAGAUUCGGAUCAAAUUAAAGCAUUCAACAUCGUUGAUGUCUAUAAAUACGGGGAAUUCGCCCUUUGGCAACCCGAUUAUUACGGAAAGUAAUGAGUACGAUGAGGCUGUUCUGGCACAAUUGCUUGACCUCUGCGAUGAAAAAGCUGUAAAAGACUUUGCUUCUCUACCCGCAGGGUUGAAGAAGAUUUCCGAUAAUAAUGUUUACCUGGAUACCGCUGAUGACACCGUUUACAAGAUUUUGCCUAUCGCGUCAAGGGAAGAGUCCAUUUCAGGAAAGGACAUGUCUUUGAAAGAAUUACAAUUGCUCUCCCUGGUCUCUGGAACUCCUGGAUUUGUGGCACUCUUGGAUUCUGGAAUUUAUAAGAAGGUUGAUGACGAAUCUCAGUAUGUGGUCCUCCACAUGAAGAACCAUGGCACUCCCCUAUCAAAACUAAAGAGCCUAACGUUUAAGCAGGUACAUGAUAUCGUUACGCAGUGUUGUCGUACUUUGCACGUCGGCGAGAAGAAGUUUCAAUUCGAGCAUCGCUACUUGACGACAGACCACAUCUUGGUAGAUAAGCAAAGUAACGUCACCAUCUGCGACUACAGGCUAGCCAGAGCUAGCAAUGAUACCAGCUGCUGGUUUACGAGGCUGGAUCACCCGUUGUUUUUCCAAGGCCGCAAAGACUACAAUUACGUCCUACAGUGGAUGCGCUACUCACUAAACUCCAAGAACUGGCACCUACACCAUCCGAGGACUAACCUUUACUGGUUAUAUUAUAUCAUAGACAGAAUGUUAUCCUUAUGCACCGAGCUUACGCCUGAAAGGUCUAAACUCUUGAAAUUGCAUAGCAGCCUUGAUCCGUUCAAGCGAAAGAAGCUAUGGAAACGUGGUGAUCUGACGUACGAAUCCUGUGGUGACCUUUUGUGUCAGCUAUAG